UGGCAGACGUCUUGAUCAGGGAAGGAGGCACUCUGGAUCACAUGGAAUCUUCGUCCUCCAUCGAGGCGAAGCUGAGGAUGGAGGGGGUGGAGCUGAAAGAGGAGUGGCAAGACGAAGACUUUCCACGACCUCUACCGGAAGAUGACCACAUUGAAGAUCUGCCAGACGCUACAGGAAGAGGGGACCCUUCUGGCAAUGACAGCAAAGCUAAGAAGAAGCUGCUGGCCCCAAACAUAAGCCCAACUCUGGAUCUCAGUGAAGAAUCCAUUUUGUCGGAUGAGUUGGAUGAGAGCGGGGAGAUCGACCUGGAUGACCUAGACACGCCCUCGGAGAACAGUAACGAGUAUGAGUGGGAAGAUGAUCUUCCAAAACCCAAAUCGACCGAAGUGAUUAGGGAAGGGGAGCUUCCCGAAUACUCCGCAACCGAGGAGAAAGAGGAGGAGCGGCGUUGGCGUCUGUUCCGCAUCGGAGAGCAGUCUCACCGGGUAGACAUGAAGGCCAUCGAGCCCUACAAGAAAGUUAUCCGGCACGGAGGAUAUUACGGUGAUGGAUUAAAUGCGAUAGUUGUGUUCACCGUCUGCUUCUUGCCAGAAAGCAGUCAGCCAAACUACAAAUACUUAAUGGAUAAUCUAUUUAAGUUUGUGAUUGGAACGCUAGAGUUGCUAGUCGCCGAGAACUACAUGAUCGUUUACCUCAACGGUGCCACGACACGGAGGAGGAUGCCCAGCCUAGGCUGGCUCAGGAAGUGCUACCAACAGAUCGACAGGAGGCUGAAGAAAAACCUGAAAUCCUUAAUAAUCGUUCAUCCAUCCUGGUUUAUUAGGACACUUCUGGCAAUCACAAAACCUUUUAUUAGCUCAAAGUUCAGCCAAAAGAUCAGAUACGUCUUCACCCUGGCAGAGCUGGCGGAACUGGUCCCCAUAGAAUCUGUGGGCAUACCUGACUGCAUAAAACAGUAUGAAGAAGAAAAAUUUAAAAAGAAAGCCAAAAGAAUUGACCAAGAGCUUAACGGAAAACCGGAACAGAAGACCGAACAGUGAAAAUUUCU